AUGGCCUUGAUGAACACCAUCCCAGCUGUGACCCUGACUGCACCCGCCCGUUUUCCCACUGCAGGAGUUGGAGGCUCCUACUACGACGUGAACUUCGGUGUUCCCACCUACGGUGCCACUGCUUGGAAUCAGAUCUCCUGGAGACUUCUCGACAACUGGGAUCGUAUCAGCAUCAACUAUGCCUCGAGUGAAGGAAUUGCUGCGGGCUUGAUCUGGGCCACUCUGAUCUACCUGCUUGCUCUCACUCCAAACCACAAGAGAACUACAUCAUUCCAUUCCAUCCUGCUCGUCGGAUUGGUCUUCAUUCUGAUUCAUCUCAUGAUCGACAUCAUCUCCUCUCUUACACCUGGUCUUCACACGAUCUCGGCCUACACUUUCCUCACCGGUGAUGUUCUCUCAAGCACUUGGCCAACAAACUACUAUGGGACCUACGCCACAAGCGUCGUUGCAGCGUGGCUUGCCUUCGUUUUCGCAGCCAUAUGCCUUUGGCUCCAGGCAAAAGGCUUGAUGACUGGAAUUCGCAGCCGAUUUCCAGCAGCUUACAAAGUCAUCUUGUCAUAUCUUGUCCUGGCUUCUCUUGCUGCCCUUGCCCUCGGCAUGACAUUCAAUAUUCAGCAGAUCCUCAACAUCGGCAAGCCCAUGACUCCACCCCACACCACUCAGUCUGUCCAAUUCCGAAACGCUUAUUUGAUCGGAUAUGCUACUAGCAUCGGGAGCUAUUCUCUCGUAUCAAUCUGCUCGAUUAUUGACAUCGUCUGGAGACGACCGUCAUCUGUCAUCAAGGGACGUAACGCGUAUGCAUCUGCACUGAACCUGGUGGGCCUGCUGUGUGCACAGUCUUUCGUCAUCCCAUUCAUCUUCUGCAUCUUGCAGAUCAUGCCCAGCCGAGUUGGUUGGAUUCAGCCAGAGAUCAUGCUGCUGCCAUCAGUCUACCUCAAUCUGCCACUCGGCUCCCUCUUCAUGACUGUCAAUUCAAACAGCUCGGACAAUCGAAAUGCACGCUUCCCACCGAAGCCCAGUCCUCGUCCCGUUGUUGUAUGCCGGGAUCAAUCCUCGACUCUGACGGAUCCAAUGCGAACCCUCUUCGAUGACCAACGACGGAAAUCUAUCUGGGACCAAUUUGACCGCGAACUUAACAUGAUCGACUCUCUCGACGGCUCGGCCUCGGGGACCAAAGAGAGCGAUUCCAUGUUGAAGAGCAAGGAAGACAACGUCGAGAACACUGGCAAGAAAAACAACACUCGUCCUGCAGCAGCUGCCAAACCUACCAAGAUUCGUCGCGAUGCCUUCAGAGUUGCUCGCAACCAAACUCGCAAGGAUACAGUGGUGCCCGUCAGUCCAGACCAUAUGGUUUGA